AUGGACCCUAUCACCAUUAACACCCCAAGAGAAUCGACUGGUGAAGCUGCAGGCUUUCGUGUGACCCGAAGAGUGUGCUACAAGGUCGUUGCUGAUUACGAGAAAUCUCCGUACUUUCAACAAGGAUGUGGCCGUGACCCUUUCGCUCCGAAGACUGCAGAAGAACAUGUGCUGUCGUUUCUCUAGUUUGCAGGAAACAAAUCGAGCGAACGGGCUGUGGCUCUUGUUUUCUGCAUGGCGUAAAGCACUAUCCACGCCAUCAUCGAGCGUGUGGCAUGACUUUUUGAAAGCAUCAGCAAAGAAGUUAUACGCUUUCCUGUGACAGAAGAAGAGAAAGCAGCAUGCAGUGAAAGUUUGGAAAGGGAGAUUUCAGGUUUCCCACAUGUGUUGAGGUGUGUGGAUGGCACCUACAUAAAGACGAGAUGCCCAGUGCACAAGAUUGCUUCAACAUACACAAACAGGCACGACAAGAAGUCGUACGGUCUUCAAGCGAUUUGUGACAAGUACGGUCUUAGUGAUUGUAAGUUUCUUGAUGUAUUUCUUGGGCACACAGGAAAGACACAUGAUGCAGAAGCAUUCAGACGUUCCUUUAUCGUGGACGAGCUGGCCCGCAUCUGUGCCGACAAGUAUCACAUAUUAGGUGAUGCGGCGUACGCUCUGAGGGAAUACAUACUGACACCUUAUAGAGACUAUGGCAACCUAACACCCCAGCAGCUCAAUUUCAACCUGUGCCUGAGCCAGACACGCGUAAGAAUAGAGCAUGCAUUUGGGCUCUUGAAGAACAGAUUCAGGCAGCUACUGCUCUUGGAGAUGUGGACUGUUCCUAAGGCCACACAGUUUAUCCUUGCGUGCUGUGUGUUGCACAACUUGUGUGUGGAUGGGGGGGAUGUCACAGUAGAAGAUGAGACUGUGGAAGGGUGCUGUAAUGUACCCAUGCCAGGGGUCACCGAAACCUGCACCACAGGUCUGUCACGUAGGGACAGACUACUCAGGAAGCUUGGUCAGGAAGAAAGGAAGAGGAUACCUGAUUACUUAUAUGCAUUUCACCACCUGUAG